GCCUUGUUACAAGUAUAAAUAGACAUCGUUACUACCACAAUUCAACCAUCCUCUUCAGAAUUAAACUCCUUUUGUCAUUAGUAGGUAGCAAACAUAUAUAUAGUUCAACUUUAACCUUGUUGACAUGGCUUUCAAAACUCAGGCCUCAGUUACUCUUUUCCUAUCACUGAAUCUCCUCUUCUUUGUUCUUGUUACUGGAAACCAUUGUGACACUUGCCAUAACAUUGGUGGUGGAGGUUCUGGAAACGGCAGUGGUGCCGGCAAUGGCGGUGGAGCUGGAAAUGGUGGUGGUUCGGGCAAUGGCGGCGGAGGUGGCAAUGGGCAAGGCAGGUGCCCGAGAGAUGCUCUGAAGUUGGGUGUAUGUGCAAAUUUAGUUGGUGGAUUGGUGGGAGCGGUAAUUGGGAGUCCUCCAACGAUGCCAUGCUGCAGCUUGAUCGCGGGGCUAGCGGAUUUAGAGGCGGCAGUUUGCUUGUGCACAGCCAUAAGGGCAAAUGUGCUGGGAAUA